AUGCCACGCUCACCCUCGCUCUGCCCGCUGCUGCUGCUCCUGCUGCUGCCGCCGCUGACUCCAGGCCUCGGGCUCCGCGCCACCGGCGGCCGGCACCCCGAGUGCGGUCCGUGCCGGCCCGAGCGCUGCCCGGCGCCCGCGCGCUGCCCUGCGCCCGGGAUCGCGGCGCGCGACGAGUGCGGCUGCUGCGUGCGCUGCCUGGGCGCCGAGGGCGCGAGCUGCGGGGGGCGGGCGGGCGCGCGCUGCGGCCCCGGCCUGGUGUGCGCCAGCCGCGCCGCGGGGGUAGCGCCGGAGGGCACCGGGCUCUGUGUGUGCGCGCAGCGCGGCGCCGUCUGCGGCUCCGACGGCCGCUCCUACCCCAGCAUCUGCGCGCUGCGCCUGCGCGCCCGGCACGCGCCCCGCCCGCACCCCGGCCACCUGCACAAGGCGCGCGAUGGCCCCUGCGAAUUUGCUCCUCUGGUCGUCACGCCACCCCGGAGUGUUCACAACGUCCCCGGGGCCCAGGUGAACCUGUCCUGUGAGGUGAGGGCUGUGCCCACCCCUGUCAUCACGUGGAGGAAGGUCACACAGUCUCCUGAGGGUACCCAGGUGCUGGAGGACCUGCCUGGUGACCACGUCAAUAUCGCUGUCCAGGUGCGAGGGGGCCCUUCUGACCACGAGGCCGCAGCCUGGAUUUUGAUCAACCCUCUGAGAAAGGAAGAUGAGGGAGUGUACCUGUGCCAUUCCGCCAACGCGGUUGGGGAGGCCCAGUCCCACGGCACCGUGACAGUUCUAGAUCUGAGUAAAUACACAGCCCCCCACCCCCCAGCUCCAGAUGACCGCAUGUGAUGGAGUCAGGGUCUUAGAAACAUUGAUGACAGGAUGUUGGAAGAGUCAAGUCAUGCAUCGUUUUCCUUGUGAAGAGUUGGAGAAACUGUGUUUGUAGAUGACCGCUUUUGUAUGUUUUUACAAAUUAGAUGCAAACUAGAUUCCUAUGCAGAUGUAGUUUUUAGCAGGGCAAGCAUUGGGAAACCAGACUGCAUGUGGCUUUUUUAUACUUUUGAAAGGAAUUGCUCUGUGAGAAUUAUUUUUUAACCUAACCUCUCCCAGGGAAGGUCACCUGGUGGUAUGUUUGUAAUUCUGAAGGGCUGGAACAAGAAGGCCUGUGUCAGC